AUGAUAUCUGGCAACAGGGGUGAAGCAGGACCAAGAGGGCCUCCUGGACCGUCCGGUCAACCAGGACCUACAGGGGGGCAGGGGGCCCCAGGAGACGUUGGAGACCCAGGAUCCAUGGGUGGCUUUGGUUCCAGAGGACCUGAGGGCCCACCAGGAAAACCAGGACCAGAUGGAGAAUCUGGCCCAACCGGAAUAGAUGGAGAUACAGGAGCCGCUGGAUCUGCCGGUGCCAGAGGUUUCCCAGGACUGCCAGGUCUCCCUGGACUGAAAGGCCUUAAGGGUCAUGCAGGUCUUCUAGGAGCGAGAGGUCAAUCUGGUGCUGCUGGGUCAAAGGGCCCAUCAGGUACUCCUGGUGGAAUGGGGCCCCCUGGUCCUGCGGGUCCAGCAGGAAUGCAAGGGGAGAGAGGAAGGAGUGGCACAACUGGACCUGUGGGGAAACGUGGUGAAUCUGGACAUAUUGGGAAAGCAGGACCACAGGGUCCUAUGGGGAUCACUGGAGCUCUAGGAUUCCCAGGUAGUCCAGGUAUAAAGGGGCAACCAGGGCCCCAAGGAGCACGAGGAACAGGGGGCCAGCAAGGACCAAGAGGCGAGGCCGGACGCGUGGGAUUGGCUGGAGCUACGGGAAUUCAGGUGUUUGGCUAUUUCAUGAUGCUAAUAAUCUCUACACCUACGGUAACUGUACUAUCAACAACUCACCACUUCAGGGUGUAG